UCUGUUCACUAAAGAAGAAGAGCCGCCUCCCUCCGGUCUGUCAAGGAAGAGGCUGGAGCAAGAUGGCGGGGUCCAAGGUGAAGCAGGACAUGCCUCCUCCGGGAGGAUAUGCUGCUUUUGAUUACAAGAGAAAUCUUCCGAAACGAGGACUUUCGGGUUAUAGCAUGUUUGGAAUCGGCAUUGGGAUCAUGGUGUUCGGCUACUGGCGGCUGUUUAGCUGGAACAGAGAGAGGAGGCGCUUGCAGAUGGAGGAGCUGGAGGCUAGGAUUGCAAUGAUGCCACUUCUGCAGGCAGAGAAUGACCGAAGAACUUUAAGGAUGCUGAGAGAAAACUUGGAAGAGGAGGCAUUCAUCAUGAAAGAUGUGCCAGGCUGGAAGGUCGGUGAGAGCGUCUUCCAUACAGAUCGCUGGGUCACCCCUGUGUCAGAGGAGCUGUUCAACCUCCGGCCACGCGAGGAGUUUUUUCACAAGCGUUUUGGCUUCCUGUGGUAUGUGUGAUCCCAGCUGUGAUGAAGAUUGUCCCAAGCUCCAUCAACUCCCAUGUGGACCUGAGCCCUCGCUCACUUCAGCUUGUAAAUGUUCAGUAAUAAAGUAUCUUUUUUUCUGUAA